GCCCACACCCCCAUCUAGGCUUUGGGAUCGGGGAGGGGGCACAGGGCCAGGCAGACCCACGGGACUUUGGCUCCAUUGCUACAAAAGGGCACUCUGUGAGUCAGCCUGCUCCCCUCCAGGCUUGCUCCUCCCCUAGAACAGCUCCUGUUUCCAAUGCACGUACAGCCCGUACACACCAUGUGCUGGGACACCCACAGUCAGCCACAUGGCUCCCCUGUGCCCCAGUUCCUGGCUCCCUCUGCUGAUCCCGGCCCGUGCUCCAGGCCUCACGGUGCAAAUGCUGCUGUCGCUGCUGCUCCUGGCGCCUGGCCGUCCCCAGAGCCUGUCCCAGAUGCAGGAGAAUCCCCUCAUGGGAGGAGGUUCAUCUGGGGAAGAUGACCCACUGGAAGAGGAUCUGCCCAGUGAAGAGGAUCCACCUGGAGAGGAGCACCCACUUGGAGAGGAGCAUCUGCCUGGAGAGGAGGAGCUACCUGAAGUGAAGGCUAAAUCAAGAGAAGAGGACUCCCUGAAGAUAGAGGAUCUGCCUACUGUUGAGGCUCCUGGAGAUCCUCAUGGCCCCCAGAACAAUGCCCACAAGGACAAAAAAGGGGAUGACCACAGUCACUGGCGCUAUGGAGGCGACCCGCCCUGGCCCCAGGUGUCCCCAGCCUGCGCGGGCCGUUUUCAGUCCCCAGUGGAUAUCCGCCCCAAGCUCGCCGCGUUCCGCCCGGCCCUGCAACCCCUGGAGCUCCUGGGCUUUGAGCUCCCGCGGCUCCCAGAGCUGCGCCUGCGCAACAACGGCCACACCGUGCAGCUGACUCUGCCUCCCGGGCUAGAGAUGGCCCUGAGCCCCGGGAGGGAGUACCGGGCCCUGCAGCUGCAUCUGCACUGGGGUGCGGCGGGUCGCCCGGGCUCGGAGCACACUGUUGACGGCCACCGUUUCCCUGCCGAGAUCCACGUGGUUCACCUCAGCACGGCAUUUGCCGAAGUUAAGGAGGCCUUGGGGCGCCCUGGAGGCUUGGCCGUGUUGUCCGCCUUUCUGCAGGAAGGUCCGGAAGAAAACAGUGCCUACGAACAGUUGCUGUCACAUUUGGAAGAAAUCACUGAGGAAGGCUCAGAGACUUGGGUCCCCGGACUAGACAUAUCUGCACUGCUGCCCGCUGAUCUCAGCCACUACUUCCGAUACGAGGGCUCUCUGACCACACCGCCCUGUGCCCAGGGGGUCAUCUGGACUGUGUUCAACCAGACAGUGAGGCUGAGUGCUAAGCAGCUCCACACUCUCUCUGACUCCCUGUGGGGACCUGGUGACUCUCGGCUACAGCAGAACUUUCGAGCAACGCAGCCUUUGAAUGGGCGAAUGAUUGAGGCCUCCUUCCCUGUGGAAGUGGACAGCAGUCCUAGGACCGCUGAGCCAGUCCACCUGAAUUCCUGCCUUGCUGCUGGUGACAUCCUGGCCCUGGUCUUUGGCCUUCUCUUUGCUAUCACCGGCGUCGCUUUCCUCGUGCAGAUGAGAAGGCAGCACAGAAGUGGGACCAAAGGGGUUGUUAGCUACCGCCCAGCAGAGGUCGCAGAGACUGGAGCCUAGAGACUGGGACUUGGAGAAUGUGCAGAGAAGCCAGCUAGAGGAGUCUAGGGGGAGCUGGAAACUUCGUCCUGUCAUCCCCAUCAUACCACUUCCUUUUUUAACCUCCAAAUAACUUUUUAAAAUAAAUGUUUCUAAUAAAA